AUGCCACCGACAAAUCGACCACAUUCACCACGAAUAGUUAUCUACCAUCAAACCCAUUUCAAGGCAAAUGGAGAUUUCGCAUCGCUCCUACCGCUGGUCACUGAGAGCCCUGAUACUCUAGGGGUAACACAUAUCAUUAUUGCAGCUCUUCAUGUCAACGCUCAAGCAGGAGAUAUAACAUUGAAUGAUGACCCGCCGAAUGCCCCUAGGAAUGAGCAGUUAUGGGAGGAGCUUGCCAUCUUUCAAGACAUGGGCGUGAAAGUUCUUGGGAUGCUUGGUGGAGCUGCAAAAGGCACCUUCCAACGACUCGAUGGCAGUGAUUAUGAAUUUGGGCUCUACUAUCCUCCCCUCCGCAAUGUGAUUCGCCGUUACGCAUUCAAUGGCCUUGAUCUGGAUGUUGAAGAGCCAAUGUCGCUCGGAGGCAUCAUCCGACUGAUUGACUAUUUGAAGGCUGACUUCGGAGACUCCUUCUUAGUCACAUUUGCCCCUGUAGCCUUUGCUUUGCAGGGUAUGGAUCAUCUGUCAGGGUUCGACUAUGAAGCACUGGAGGUGAUGCGUGGACACCAAGUAGCAUGGUACAAUACCCAGUUCUACAAUAAUUGGGGCUGCUUGCAAUCUUUUGCCGACUAUGACGCCAUCUUAAGCAGAGGUUGGAAGCCCGAAAAGAUUGUAGUAGGUGUCUUGACUAAUCCAGGCCUUGGUCAUGGAUAUGUUGAUUAUGCUGAGCUACAACGAACCGUUGCAGCCCUUUCACAAUUCUAUCCGGGCUUUGGCGGCAUCAUGGGGUAA